UAUUUCAAAAAAGGAAGGGCACAAAGACGCAGUUACCAUCUCCCCGCUAGAGGGCGAUAAAACCUCUUCUCAUCGGGGGGAAAGAGCAAGACGACGUCGCUGACGUCAUCACGCACAGCGUGUAGCAGUGAGGCAACAUGGCUUUGAAUGGAGAUGAUGAAGACUUUGAGUGGGAACCUCCGACAGAGGCUGAGAUGAAGGUGAUCCAAGCUCGCAGGGAGCGGCAAGACAAAAUCAGCAAGCUGAUGGGGGAUUACCUUCUGAAAGGCUACAAAAUGCUGGGGGAGUGCUGCGAUGCGUGUGGGACGAUUCUUCUUCAGGACAGACAGCAGAAAAACUAUUGUGUCUCCUGUCAAGAGAUGGACUCUGACAUUGACAAGGAUAAUCCAGCUCUGAAUGCACAGGCAGCUCUGUCUCAAGUCAGAGAGCGGCAGCUUGCAGCACAGACUCCUGAAGUCAAUGGAGGUCCCAGCACCAGCAGCAGUCAAGCAGGCGGCUCUGUUCCUCAGCCGCGACCAGAGCACUGCGAGGGAGCCGCCGCCGGGGGACGAACUCCUCUUCCUCCUCCGGCCGCGCCGCCUCCGUCAGCUCCCGUUCCCGCCGCAUCUCUAGCAACCGCUCGCCCCCCGGCCCCCCCACAGAGCGCCGUCUUCAGACCGGUGCUGCAAGACGCCGAGGAGGCUGUUCUCACGAAACUCCGCUGGGCCACGGCCCAGCUCCAGAGUUCACCCUCGCUGGAGGCCAGCAUCCAGCUCUGCAGCCUCAUCACCAGCUGUGCCAACUCCCUGCGCAGCCUGAAGGAGCUCAGCCAGUAACGGACUGACGGCAACCACGUAGUGAUAGGAACGCCGUUUCUAUUCGCCUCUAUGACUCUGGUUUAGCUUCCCAGUCCGGCCAAACCGUCGCUUCCAGCUGAAACCGGAUUGUCAAAACGUGGGCAAGAAAACCACUCGUUUCAUAUCCGUGUGAUCGCUUUAGGCAUCGAUUGUUCAUAAAAGGUUUUAAAAUGUCCGACCAGUAAAAUGUGAAACGUUUUAUGUAUUGCAGAGAAAAACCAAACAGUUUACUGGCUGAUCCACAACAGCUACUAUAUAAAUACAAAUAAAAUCCAUAUAUUUUUUAUUUUCGUUUGGGUUUAUGUUCAAUGUUUCAAUUACUUCUGAACCCCAAAUUUGCACGAAAGUGACAGAGGCUGAAGAAUCCGUGCCGAUAAGACUGUUGAACUGAUGAAGACUCUGAUUCUUCAGCAGGACUUCCUCCCAAAAACCCGUUGGCAUCUUUCCAUCUGCUGCUCAGUCGGACUCUAGCUGUAAAUUAUUUGACUUCAGGAUGUCGAUAAAUGUAUCUGAAGAUGUUCCAGACUCGAUGUGUUCUUUCUCUAGCAUCCAGAAUAAAGGAACUUUGCUUUUUACGUCAAUAAACGGCACUUCAUAUAAAGUCCUGCAGUGUUGAGGGAAUUGGUUUUCUAAUUAUGUUCCAGAAUAAAACCAAACCUGUUCAAACGCUGAAUAGUGUUUGUUUUUACAAGACAUCAUCUUAACAUGUUUUGUAAACUGGAAAAUAAAGAUGCUGCUGUGUAAACUCAGAA